UUUAUAAUUAAUUCUAAUAAAAUAUUUUUUUUAUUUGUUUUAUUUUUUAGUACAUUAAUUUCUAUCUCUUCUAAUUCAUGAUUUGGUUGUUGAAUUGGCUUAGAAAUUAAUCUUCUUAGUUUUAUCCCCCUCAUUUCUAACUCUUCUAAUUUACUUUCAACUGAAGCUUCUUUAAAAUAUUUCUUAGUUCAAUCUAUUGCUUCUAUUAAUUUUUUAUUCACAAUCUUAAUAAAAUUAAUUUUAAUAAAAAAUUUUGAAAUAAAUUACUUUAUUUCUAUUAUAAUAAAUUCUUCUAUAUUAAUAAAAAUAGGAUCGGUUCCUUUUCAUUUCUGAUUUCCGAAUAUUGUUGAAGGAUUAUCUUGAUUUAAUAAUUUUAUUUUAAUAACCUGACAAAAAAUUACCCCUAUAAUUCUUUUAUCUUAUUAUUUUAAUAAAAAUUUUAUUAUUAAUAUUAUUAUUUUAAAUAUUAUUAUUGGAGCUAUUGGAGGUUUAAACCAAACUUCAUUACGAAAAAUUAUAGCUUUUUCUUCUAUUAAUAAUUUAGGAUGAAUAUUAACAUCUAUUAUAAUUAGAGAAAAUUUAUGAAUAUUUUAUUUAAUAUUAUAUUCUUUUUUAAUUAGUAUUAUAUGUUUUUUAUUUAAUAUUCUAAAUAUAUUUUUUAUUAAUCAAUUAUUUAUUAAUAAUAUAAAUUUUUUUAUUAAAAUUAAUUUAUUAAUUAAUUUUUUAUCUCUAGGGGGAUUACCUCCAUUCAUUGGAUUUUUUCCUAAAUGAAUUAUUAUUAACUUUUUAAUUAAUAAUAAUAUAUAUUUAAUAACUUUUAUUUUUAUUUUAAUAAGUUUAAUUAUAUUAUUUUUUUAUAUUCGAAUUAUUUAUUCUUCUUUUAUAUUUAAUUAUUUAAAAAUAAAAUGAUUUAAAAUUUUUAUUAAAAAUAGAUAUUUUUCAAUAAUUAAUUUUUUUUCUUUUAUUUCUUUAUCGGGAAUAAUUUUAAGAACUUUUUUUUUUUAUUAAGGUUUUAAGUUAAAAUAAACUAAUAAUCUUCAAAAUUAUUUAUAAAGAAAUUUCUUUAAGCCUUAAUAGAAUUUUCUAUUCCUUGAAAUUUGCAAUUUCAUAUCAUUCUUGAAUAUAAAACUUUAAUAAAAGAGAAUAUUCUCGUAAAUAAAUUUACAAUUUAUCGCUUAAAUCUCAGCCAUUUUAUUUUAUAAGCGAAAAUGACUUUACUCAACAAAUCAUAAAGAUAUUGGAACUUUAUAUUUUAUUUUUGGAAUUUGAGCUGGAAUAGUAGGAACAUCAUUAAGAUUACUAAUUCGAGCUGAAUUAGGUACCCCUGGAUCUUUAAUUGGAGAUGAUCAAAUUUAUAAUACUAUUGUAACCGCUCAUGCAUUUAUUAUAAUUUUUUUUAUAGUAAUACCUAUUAUAAUUGGAGGAUUUGGAAAUUGAUUAGUACCCCUUAUAUUAGGAGCUCCUGAUAUAGCUUUUCCUCGAAUAAAUAAUAUAAGUUUUUGACUUCUUCCCCCAUCACUAACUUUAUUAAUUUCUAGAAGAAUUGUAGAAAAUGGAGCAGGAACUGGUUGAACAGUUUACCCCCCUCUUUCAUCUAAUAUUGCCCAUGGAGGAAGUUCUGUAGAUUUAGCUAUCUUUUCAUUACAUUUAGCUGGAAUUUCUUCAAUUUUAGGGGCAAUUAAUUUUAUUACUACAAUUAUUAAUAUACGAUUAAAUAAUUUAUCUUUUGAUCAAAUACCUUUAUUUAUUUGAGCUGUAGGUAUUACAGCUUUUCUUUUAUUAUUAUCUCUACCUGUUUUAGCUGGGGCAAUUACUAUACUUUUAACUGAUCGUAAUUUAAAUACUUCUUUUUUUGAUCCUGCAGGAGGAGGAGAUCCUAUUUUAUAUCAACAUUUAUUUUGAUUUUUUGGUCACCCUGAAGUUUAUAUUUUAAUUUUACCAGGAUUUGGGAUAAUUUCCCAUAUUAUUUCCCAAGAAAGAGGAAAAAAAGAAACAUUUGGAUGUUUAGGAAUAAUUUAUGCAAUAUUAGCAAUUGGAUUAUUAGGAUUUAUUGUUUGAGCUCAUCAUAUAUUUACUGUAGGAAUAGAUAUUGAUACACGAGCUUAUUUUACUUCAGCAACUAUAAUUAUUGCUGUACCAACUGGAAUUAAAAUUUUUAGCUGAUUAGCUACAUUCCAUGGAACUCAAAUUAAUUAUUCUCCCUCUAUUUUAUGAAGUUUAGGGUUUGUUUUUUUAUUUACUGUAGGGGGUUUAACUGGUGUUAUUCUUUCUAAUUCUUCUAUUGAUAUUACCCUUCAUGAUACAUAUUAUGUUGUUGCACAUUUUCAUUAUGUAUUAUCUAUAGGAGCUGUUUUUGCUAUUUUAGCAGGAUUUAUUCACUGAUAUCCUUUAUUUACGGGUCUUUCUUUAAACCCUUUCAUAUUAAAAAUUCAAUUUUUUACAAUAUUUAUUGGAGUAAAUUUAACUUUUUUCCCCCAACAUUUUCUAGGAUUAGCAGGCAUACCUCGUCGAUAUUCUGAUUAUCCUGACUCAUAUAUUUCAUGAAAUAUUAUUUCCUCAUUAGGUUCAUAUAUUUCUUUAUUAGCAGUAAUAUUUAUAUUAAUUAUUAUUUGAGAAUCUAUAAUUAACCAUCGUGUUGCAUUAUUUACCUUAAAUUUAUCUUCUUCUAUUGAAUGAUAUCAAAAUUUACCUCCUGCUGAACAUUCAUAUAAUGAACUUCCAAUUUUAAGUAACU